UUAAGGUUGCUUUUCCGCAAACAGUUCCAAACUUAUUGUUGUUGAUCGCAGGGGUCACAUGCCAAGCCGGACUCAGCCGUGGCUUACAGCUGACCAUUGACCACUGACCUGUCCAUGCGCCCUUCAGGCUCCGAUAGGGCUUUUAAUCAACCACCGAUCGAAACCCGAGCAAUGACACUACUAGCAGUUUCAACUGUAUCAUUUCUACCAUGGCUGCCAUGGAGGCAUCACGGCCAAGGAAAGCCGGCUCGAGCAACAACCACACUGAGUUUUUCGGGUCGCAAAUUGGCGACAAGUCGGCCGUCAACUACAGCUACACAGACAUGCCAUGGAGGCUCAUGGCAUACGACGUCUACUACUUCUUCAAGUUCUUUUGGGCUAUCCCCUCCGUCUUGUGGCCGCUAUCCCCUGCCGACUCGGGCGAGUUGAGCGAGCUUUCUUUCACAUCCGAAAACGUCUACGCCGUGGCAAUUCAUGCUGUGCUGGUCAUCUUGCAACUCGGCUUCAUCGUAGCCCUUCCCUUUCUUGUCAUGCUUCCAGUUUGGACCGCCGUGGCAGCCGUCGCCCUAUUCAUGUUGCUAAAUCGAUCACUCACUUGCCUCCUGAAUGGUGACCGAGUUGAGUACGAGUCGGACGAGAAAUAUGCACCGGCUUUGCCAAAACAUGCUCACGAGCAGUGGAUUUACAUUAAUGGUGUAGCCGCUGGGUAUAUAGCGCCCUCAGAGCUGCUAUUACGGGGACGCAGACUAACCGCAACAAGAGAACAUUGGAUGAGAAGCAACCUCAACCGACUGGCUGUCACCUUCAAACGGCCGAUCGUUGGCAUCCACAAUAAAACUGCCGGUAUUCUGUUCGAUGUCAUCGAAUGCCUCAUUCAGCGCAACCUGGGCUACGCGACCACGGACGUCCGAGUCUGCUACAGCAUCAUCAAAAAGAAGCUGUACAACCCUCAAUACUCCAAGGUCAUAUUCAUUCUGCAUUCACAGGGAGGUAUACAAGGGAGCUUGAUUCUCGAUUGGCUCCUCCAGGAGCUUCCGCAAGACCUUCUUUCCAAGCUCGAAGUAUACACGUUCGGCAACGCUGCCAACCAUUUCAAUAACCCGCACCGCCACCUCUACUCCCAGAACCAGGCAAAACUGAACCCGCUUGCCGCGUCCAUCGAUGCCACCAGUCAAGCACCAGCACAUAAGCCCAUGGCUCAUCAGGUUCAUCAAGACCAUCACGAUUUUACCACCAGCUCAACCACACCUAAUAGGCUUUCUUCCAACUCCGAGGCAGCUCAGCCAGGCCAUAGCAAUGCCGCCAUCCCUGCUUUCGCGAGCUCGACAACUGCUUCCCAUCCGUCCGGCCUUUCGGGCCGCGCCAUCGGACAUAUCGAGCACUAUGCACAUACGACGGAUUUCGUCGCGUUAUGGGGAGUCCUGCGCUUUGCCACAGCGCCGCCCUCAUCCAACAUGAUCCCGCGGUUCAUGGGACGGGUCUUUGUGCGGACCAGUGUCAGGGGAGGACAUCAGAUGGUGCAGCAUUAUCUGGACGGCAUGUUUCCCCUGCGGAAGGACCGGCAGACAGGAAAGCUGCUCAGGGACGAGGCGACAGGGGUACCGUGGGGCUGUGAAGAGGGGGGAAAUGAGUUUAUGGAGAGUGAGGUCUUGCUUGGUGGGGUCGAUGGGGAGUAUGGAUCUCGACGGGGUGAUGACCGGGGCGAAGGGACUGAUGAUGAUGAGGAGGAUGAUGGGAAAGUGAAAGUUCUCGGGACCAGUCCCGUCAGUGAAAGGGGGUUUCCUCUGAAGGGGGCAAACAAGAAGGAGAGAGGGGAGGUUGUGAACGUGAGAGUCAAGGUUAAAGAGCUAAGCCGGCUGUGGCAAUAUCGGAAUGGCCGGAGUCCAGAGGACAAGCCUCCUUUGCUUGUAAAGUGUGCGGAUGGGGUGGUUAGGAACGCGACCAUGUAGGUAGGAACUGGGCUGGAUUCCGCGUUGGAUCGUUUGGAGCAUGGUAUUGGCCGUUGAAGUGGGUUUGGAUGUUUUGGUUGGAAGGUUGGUUUGCUUGAGGAGGGCAAAGAGGGGAGAGGCAGAUGAUACUGUAGGCCUCCUGUGGUCUACCGUCUC